AUUCAAUAGGCAUCGCCAUCGGCUCAUCGCAUAACUUGACAUUAUAGAUUCAAGAGAGAGAAAUUUGGAUUGGAGUGAAUUGGAUUGGGUUGUUGAGCUGGCUAUUCAAUCAAAGAUAACUCGCUUUUUCCUUAGACUUUUCAUUGUUUUCAUUUACUGGAAUCCCAGGUUGCUCCACCAAUUGUUUAUGCUGGCUAUCAAUAAGCUGGAAUUAAGAGGGCCCGAGUGUUUGGUGAGUCUGGAGUGCCUUCUGAACAUAGUCAGGGCCCUGGGGAUGGGAUCAUGCUUGUCAUGGGAUGGAUCAAGCGCUGUAUCUUACACUACAGCCCCGUCUUCGCCGUCUUCUUCUUCUUCUCUGAAGAGAAACAACUCAAGGAAGAUUAAGAGAAACUCUUCAUUGGAGAUUUGGUUGCAUAGAAUUCCCGGUAGGAUUUUCUUGAACGGCUCCACCGAUAAUGCCUCUUUGUUUACUAGGCAAGGCAAGAAAGGGAUCAACCAGGAUGCUAUGAUUUUUUGGGAGAAUUUCGGUUCAAUGGCAGACACUAUCUUUUGUGGUGUUUUUGAUGGCCAUGGUCCCUGCGGCCAUAUGGUUGCAAAGAAAGUGAGGGAUUCUCUUCCGUUAAAAUUGAGUGCCCAGUGGCAAUUAAAUAAUAACAGCACGAAUCUGAUGAAUCAUAACAGCAGCACGAAUCUGAUGAAUCAUAACAGCAGCAGUGGCGUAGGAAGUAUAAAAUCAGAAGACUCAUUCUUGUCAGUCAAGGAACCUAGGACAUUUAUGGAUAAUAAGCAUAAUCAAAAUCAGACUGAUUUUUUCAUAACACUGAAAGAGGCAUUUUUGAACGCUUUUAAAUUGAUGGACAAGGAACUUAAACAUAAUCAGUAUCUUGAUUGCUUUUGCAGUGGGACAACAGCAGUAACCUUAGUCAUGCAGGGCCGCCAUCUUGUUAUUGGAAAUGUCGGGGACUCUAGAGCUGUGCUGAGUACGCGAGAUAAGGAUAAUUCUCGCAUUGCAGUUCAGUUGACUGUGGACCAGAAACCAAAUCUUCCAAAGGAAGCUAAAAGAAUCAGGUUAUGCAAAGGACGAGUUUUUGCUCUCCAGAAUGAACCUGAGGUUUCUCGAGUUUGGCUGCCUAACAGUGACUCUCCUGGCCUUGCCAUGGCCAGAGCAUUUGGAGAUUUUUGCCUUAAAGAUUUUGGUCUGAUUUCUGUCCCUGAGAUUUCGUAUCUUCACCUCACUGAGAAGGAUGAAUUUAUAGUAUUGGCUACAGAUGGGGUCUGGGAUGUUCUCUCAAACAAACAAGUAGUAGAUAUAGUAGCAUCAGCCCCUCGGUCUAGUGCAGCUCAAAUUCUGGUAGAAUCAGCUGUACAAGCUUGGCGAUACAAGUACCCAACAUCGAAGGUUGAUGACUGUGCUGUAGUUUGCCUAUUCCUUAGUUCAAGCUCAGACAGUUGCUCCACUUCUUUCUUCCAUAUUGAGGAUAAGCCAUCAAUGUCAUAGGAACUGUUUAAUGUUGUUCUAAAGCAGUUUGAUUGGACCAUUCUAGAGAUUCUAGAAUUCACCUGAAAAUUUGCGAUGAAGUUGGGGUGAUACUUUGUGGGGAUAUGGAGUAGGAGUGUCUUGCUUUCUAAAAGUUGUAUAUUGAAUACACCUCUGGCUCUUAUGGUCCUUGGUUAUUGAAUGGAUAGGUUUGGAGAUGCUAGGUUUCAAAAAUGGAGGGCUAAGAGUCAUUAGUUUGAGGUUGCCUUUUAUUUAGUCCAUAUUUAUUUCGGUUUCAUACAACAUUUAUUGUUUUUGUUCCUUUAGAAAGUGGGAAAUUCCAGAUAUUAUCGGAAUUCCCUUUGUUUUUAUUUGGAUAGGGAGGUGAGCAUGGCCUGUUAAUCUGUGGUUUUUUUUUUUUUUUUUUUUUAAGCGGUUGGUGGAUUCGGUGUUUUUGUGAAUCCACAGAAGUAGAUGGUUUUGUACAUUAUGGUGGUGGAUGUCUCCUACUCUAGUUACUAUGUGUGAGAGAUCCUGGGCAUUAUCUCCUCUGAAUUGUAGUAAAUUGAGGGCCUUACUAUGUGUGUGAGAUCCUGGACAUUAUCUCCUCUGGAUUGUAGUAAAUUGAGGGCCUCUUAUUUUCAUUCCUGGGAACUUGUUUAAUUUGAUUCUGUACCUAUAUUCAUCAAUUCAUUCAUUAUUUGUGUUA